AUGGCAACCAAAACAGUCAUACCGCGGUUUCUGCUGCCGCUGCAAGGCCCGCUCUGGCGCGGCAUCCGCAUUCCGCCGUCACAAAACGUCCGCAUCCGCUUCGCCUCCUCGUCUGACCAGCCUCCGAGGCCAAUCGUCCUCGAGAAGCCCGCCAGGUUCAACCCCCCGUCCCACGGGUCCCGGCUCAAGCGCAACGCCGUGCCCAAGCACUACGGGCCGGAACUGACCGCGGCCGAAGUCGCUGCGCAGAACAAGAGGGAGUACCCCGGGUUGAUGUCGCCCGAGGGAACUUGGUCCCAUUGGUUCUGGAACAGCCGUCUUCUGCAUACCUUUAUCACAAUGGGAGCGCUGUUCGCCAUGGCCAUUUACACCUUCUUCAUGAACUACGCCUACAACUCGCCCUUCAAGGAGCUCGUACCCCCCGUCUCCGAUCUCUGGCACCACCCAUCCUACUUCUUUGCCGCUUGGAAGAACGUCAUUGCGCUGCACGAAAAGGACAAGGCCACGAAAGCCGCGGAGCAUCGCACACGUCAUCUCGACGACGUUGCCAAGCGCAGGUACUUCAUGAAGGCUCACGGCAUCGAGACCAAGGAUCCAAUUUCCAUGGUGUUUGGCAAGGACGAGGAAAAGUCGGAGCAGGAGCUGGAGGCAGCUGCGCUGGGUAAAGAGCUGGCCACAAACGCCGAGACGGACGAGACGCCGGCACCGAAGAAAAAGUGGCUUGGCCUGUUUUGA